CUUUUAAUUACACUGUGAGGCUACAUUUGCAAUAUUACUCUAUACCGGAAAGCGUUCCUUUCCGUAUAGCGAUGCGAAGAAGCAUCUAUCCGAUACAGAAUAUACAACUUUCAGAAGCUGAGCGAAACAGUAGCUCUCCGUUGCAAUAAUUCCUCCGAAAAUAGCGCUCCUAAAAGAUAUGGAUAGGUGUGUUUUCACGUCGCUACGGAAAGCUCUCCGAUAACAGUGUAAAUGUAGUCUAAAUCUCCGGAUAUGACGUCAUCAGAUGAAUUUUCGCUGCAAAGAACAAAGGAAAACUCAUUUGCAAUUCACCUAUUAAAUGACGUCAUUUCCGGAAACUUUGUGAUGAAACGAGGGUUUUUUUGCUAUUAAAGACAAGAUAUGACACAUACGAAAAUCGUAUUUUGGGCUUAGUCGCAUUUGAAAGAUUCUAAGAAAAUACGCUCGAGAAAAUCAGUUUGCAAUUACUUUCUAUGAAAAUGUUUAUACAAACUGCUUUAAGAUAUUCUGCAUUUCCAGGGAAUGGUCGAUCUUCUAAAUGUGUCUCUAACUCACGAGCAAGCAUGAAAACUCGUUCAAAAGUUUACGAAACCAGUGGGCCAACGAAUCCAACAGAUGGUCCAAAUGAUUCUAGGAAACGUCAACUAAGUAAUGCUGAUAUAGCUUCGACCGAAUCACACAUCACACCUAUGGUAUGUCAUAUGAGUUUGAGGGUCUGUUCCAUAGAAAUGUUAGAUAUAUGAGCCCAUAUACAUACCGAGAAACUCGCCUGAGUGAGUUCUGCAUGCCUCAUAUAAAAUUUUGUGUUCAUAUGAGAAACGAUCCUGGCUAGGUGAGAUCUCAUUCAAGUGGGAUAAAUUUUUCCAUACGAAGGCUCUAUCCCAUGCACCUGACCAGGAUCGACCUUUUUGCCCAUUUUGAUCAAUAAUAUAGUAUUGAAUGGGCAUAUGGUUGGAAAAUAGACCAAAUACAUUAAUAGACCUAAACAAAUAUUUCGAAGAAGACGCCAUGUUUACCGAUACUAUACCAUGCUCAUAUAAAAAUGCCCUAUAUGUAAGUUCCUUGAAUGUUUGCAUGGCCAAAAACCAAUAAUAUAUCGUUUUGGUUUGUGGAAACGCCUUGUAUGUUUAUUACUGCAUUAAGCUGCAUGUCGACCCGCGUAAGCCCGAAUCUUCAUCAGUGCUAAUAAGAUAUGACUUGUUUAAUUCACACGUCCCUUCGCGUCGUGUGUCGCAUCAGCCACGUCAUACCUGAAGGCCGUUUUCCACCAGGCGGAAUUUUCCGCGCGGAGCGGAAUUGCUCUUUGAGUUACAUGGUUCUAUAAUUAACGCGCGCGCGUGCAAGACAAGGGAAGUUAAUUUUGCGCAGUGAAGACAGCACGCCGCAUACUGCCGCUAGACUUUCCCUCUUGAUCUAUAGUAUUGUAUUUUAUGUGUGUAAUGGUAAAUUUACAGUUACAUAUGUAUGUGUAUAUAUAUAUAACCUAGGGUUAAACUUAUCGGCUUUCGAACACCGGUCAUUAUGAGUCCCCGGCCACUUAUCGAAACGGUGAUCGUUAGAUAGUAUACUUCAAAAUAAGGUUUCCGCCUUUAUAACGUAGAGAAAACUAUCCUAACACAAAACUAAACCCUAACCCUAAUACUAACCCUCGCCCUAACCCUAUUCUAACCCUAACCUAACCCUAACUUAUUUUAAAAAUUGAUAUAAAAACGGAAACCUUAUUUUGAAGUAUACUAUCUAGCAAUUGCCUUAUCGAAAGCUUUACUUAUCGAAAGCUUUGCAAUAUUAGAUAUACGCGGCGUUUUCCGCAAACCAGAUAUCUUAUUACAGUAUUAACAAAUUAAAUUAUAAUUUUGCUUGUUUGUUUUAAAAUGCGUGCAUUUGUUUUUACGUAAUGGACCGCCGAUCCAUUACGGGAAAAUAAUGGUGAAAGUGCUUCUCAGCCAAUCACAGUGCGUCAUUUCACCGGAAGUGAUGCUUGCCAUAUAAUAAAACUCAGUGAGGCCAGAGUAAAACGUGAAUGAGAGUUGAAAAGCGAGAGUUUGCAUGAGAGUUUUCUAAACUCUCGUAUAUGCCCGGUCAAAGGAUUGCAUGAGAGUUGAUGACUGGAUAUUACAGCGCGAUAGAGAAAACUCUUUCAACUCUCAUUAAAAUUUGAAACAGUUCAAAGUCAAUGAGAGUUGACGAGAGUGCACGAAAGUCGAUGCGAGUUGGCCAUAGAAAUAAUAGACAUAGAAUGCGCGCUGAUGACGAAUCAUGUCUCCACUUUUUCACCGUGCGUGCCCUUUUUUUGGAUGCGCCAUUUUGAAUUUUGGCCAGGAGUCUGGAGUCACCGCAGGAGUCUGGACCGAGUAAAAAUGCCCUUUUCAAUGCGACAUUUUGUGGACACAAAGUUUUGACUGAAGCGAGAUAGGAGCACGCAUUCUAUGUCUAUUAUUUCUAUGGAGUUGGCGGCGGUCAAAUGCGAGCGAGCGUUGCAAGUCUCAUCUUCGUUCCGCCGACGCUUAACAGUGAAGUAUAUAUUUCGUACGUCACAGGCAAAUAUUAAGUACAGCUUUUAUUACUAAUAUUCGCAGUGUAAUGAUUGUUAUGAUCAUGGCAAGGAAGCCUAAAAAACAGAAGCCUUGGGCUUAUAUCGUUUAAAGAAAAGCCGAAAGAUGUAAAUAUCUUGAAAUCCAAGAUAUGAGCUAAAAUUAGUGAUCUUGGAACUUGAGUAUCAGCAAAAUUGUGCUUUUGAUGAUAAAAUUUGGCAUAUAAUGGCAGGGUAUACUAAUAAUAAUAAUAAUGGAAACUUUAUUACUUUCUAUAAUAUUUAUAUACAAACUACAAUGAUAAACCUCUCUUUACAGGUAGUUUACCAGUGUCUACUUGAAUUAACACUCUACAUAAUAACAAUAUUAGUAUGACAUUAGUUGUGGGUUAUCCCACUCUUUGUUACGCUUACAGAAUAUAUAAUACGAGGACCUGAUACAUAUGUUAAUAAUUUUAUAAUAAUAAUAUUUAAAUUUAUAUUGCGCAAAUUAACAUGUUAUAGUAUAUGAUCAAAUGCGCGUAUACCAUAUAAGGACAUUUUUUGGCUAUAGAGGCAUUACAGAUUAGCUCUUGGUUGCCCGGCACAAAAUAUCUUAUAAAAAAGUGAAAUUUCAAAGUUCACAUUUAUCAGCAAAUAUCAGUUAUAUCGUUAGAAAGAUCGCAAAACAACUAUGUGAAGAACAUUUAAGCGGGUAGUACGGUUUUCCAAGCCUAUCCCCAACCUCGUCCCGAGGUAUUGACGGUCAAAAACCGUUUUUAGCAGGUUUAACCUGAGGGGCGGACCAUUAGAAAAGUGAUGGGGGGGGGACUUUUUCAACUUGUACGAAUAUUUUUAAAUUUGUUUGCUUGUGUCGAUAUUUUUUUUAAAUAUGAUCCCUUACACGAAUUUUUUUUAUUUCAACUUAUAAUUUUCCCUAUUGAAAAGAGUCUCUGCACGAAUUUUUUUUUCAAACUUUCUUAGUGCACGAAUUUUCUUUCUUUCUGUUUCCCCUGCUCGAUUUUUAUUUUUGCUUUUUCCCCCCCCCCCCAUCACUUUUCUAAUGAGCUCUCUAACCGAUAUAGGUGAUAUUUGCUAAAAGUGAACAUUGAAAUUUCACUUUUUAUAAGAUAGUACUUUAAUAGCUGGUAAAUGGUAUCAAGAAAAACCAAAUUUUGUGGCAACUAGGAGCUAAUCUGUAGUACCCCCUAUAGCCAAAAAUGUCCUUAGUGUAUAUACCUAACAUUAUGCCAAGUUGCAUGUGCUUUUAUCUUCAAACGCACAGACAAUUCCCAUUAUAGACUAAUUUUAAAACUAGGCAAGGAGAUGCAAAUAAAUCACCACAGCUAGUAAAAUAAAUCACACUAUUAGUAAAAUUACAAAUAAAUUACACAAUUAUUAAAAUUACAAAGUUUGGUUGCGAAAUGUUGUAAAAUGCGGAAAAUAUAGCCUUGCAAAGUUCGCAAAUUAUUGUAUUGCGUGCGGAAAUUGUUACCACAUUUGGGCCGAAAAUGCCGGGUAGCAAUUUCCGCACGCAAUAGCCAAUACAAAAGUAUACAAAAUUUGCAAACUUUGCAAGGCUAUAUUUUCCGCAUUUUACAACAUUUCGCAACCAAACUUUGUAAUUUUACUCAUUUGAGUAUGCUCUUUCUAGCUGUGGUGAUUUAUUUGCAUCUCCUUUCUAUGUAUUUUCCAACAAUCUGCCCCACUAUUAGGGACCAGUCAUUAUUUAUGGGGCACCGAAGAGGAAAGGGUUGGGUAAACAAAAUUUUGAGUGAGUAAAAGGUUGGCUAAAUGAAAAACCAAACAAUUCAACGGUUGGGUAAUAAAAGUUUGUUGCCAUUUCCGCAAAGAAUCACUCAUUCAAAUAUUGAAGACUAAAAAGCAAUGUCAACAGUCAUAUCAAUACAAUAUGUAAGUCAAUCAGAGUCCCUAUCUUGAACAUUUUCCGCUUUGUCAAGAGGCAAAUGGUGUCUCCAAAGAUAACAUGUGCAGACAACAUGAAAUUUUAGACUGCAGAAAAUUGCACAAGCAGUAAUCAAACUCAUGUUACAGAUUGAAGUGUUAAAGAUCAUGUGUAGCAACUGAUUGGUAUCCUUUUGUAAAGUUUUUGGCCAGGGGUGGGUAUUUACUUUUAAAUUGAUAUUUGAGGUUGGGUAAAAAUAUUUGUGACUUUACAAUUGUUGGGUCAGCAAAAUUUUUGCCAUGGAAAACAUUUCUCUUCCCCCCCCCCCCCCUCCCACGCCAUAAAUAAUGACCUGUCCCUUCGAAGAAAUGUGGGAAGCAAUGUCUUUCAAGUUGCGUGAACGAAGAUAACUAAACUUUGUUAAAUAACGAGACGUUUUCCAUGUUUUAGCUUGAUAAAGAUGCUUUAAGGUUGUUUGAUGGAACAGACCUAGCUGGUGAAAUAUUUUGUGAUGUAACAGACUUUACAAGGUACUAGAUAGUUGUAUUUUUUAGUGUUUGUAUUGAAUGAUACUUAAACACCUUUACACUAGGCUUAGUAUACAAGCUAUCUACAAAGAUAAUAAGAUAGAAUGGCUCAGUAUUUUUCGUACAAAAAUAUAGAAAACAAAACCAAAGCAAUAAUGCUUACAAGUUGGAAAGGUUUAAUUCAUUCAUUCAUUAUUUCAAUUUUAAUAGUUUUAUCUGGUUCUUCCAUCCAUAGCAUUGAGUUGUUCGCGACUGGAUAUUUUUAAACGGAACUGUAUAUUUUUAAACGAAGCUAUUUAUUUAAAUUAAUCUUAUUGUUGUUUACAGUUGUUGUUUGUGUGUGUGUUUAUCUGUAUAUAUGGAUGUAGGCCUAUAUGGAUUUUAAUGUAACUGAAUAUGUUUGGCUUAUAAACAAUGUUAGUGUUUUUUACUCCAAGUUAUUUUUUUACAUUUUAUUCAAUAAUAACGAGUAUUUUUAAAUGAACUUUUUACAAAACUAAUAAUUUAAUUAUAAUUUAAUACGUUUGUCACAAUAUUACAAUUAUUACAAAAACAUAACAUAACAUGCAUAAACAUAGUGACAGGAUUCCGUAACAGGAUAAAUCCCAACAUGUGUUUGUUUUUUUUUCUUUUACAAAAAGCGCUAGACUAUAUUGCUGAGGCUGUUUCCUUAGAAUUGCCGCUGGCCAAUCCAGCGCCAGUCCCGCAGCUGCCUCCACAAUACGGGUCCUCUUGGGAGAACAGUUAACAUAUAUUACUGAAUAGGGUUAUUUUAAUAAAUAAAGCUUUACUAACACUAUGCAUCUUCCCUAGUCCAAACCUGCUGGCCGCGUGGCAGCCAGGAGACUGGAAUCAGUGGAAUGAACCUCUCAAUUUCGACCUGUCGCCAUUGUCACCGCCAGUGACCCCCAGACCCCAGAACGAUACUCGACCACUGGACAUUCCUCCCUUCGAAACAUUUUACAAUUCUCUGCCGAGUGAAUCGACACUCCCGCUCGAGAACACGCAGUUAUUCGAAGAGCUCAUUUCGGGAAAGCGCUCAAAACGGGAGAUGUCGAAGAAAUGUCGAAAGGUUUAUGGUAUCGACAAUAAGAAGUCCUGGUGUACCCAGUGUAGAUGGAAGAAGGCCUGUACUCGAUUUAAUAGUUAAAUUACUUAUUAUUAUUAGCAUGACAAAAUUACUGGAUGCUGAUUGGUUGUACUGCAGUACAUUAAUUGUACUGCAGUACAAUUAAUGAUUUUCCCAAAACAAACAAAAUGGCGGAAAGCUAUUUUAAACACAAACGUGAAAUGAAAUUGCCCUAGAGGAACUAGAUGAAAAUACGAACAAUAGCACCGAAAUUCGCUUUAACAAAAGAACUAAAUGAAAAUACAAACAAAAGCACAAAAUUUUGGUUGAAUCAUGUCUGGCAGGACUGGGCUUUGGCGAGAGAAUAUGAUGUUGACUUUGAGAAGUAUCCAAUUUUGUCAUGCUAAUAAUAAACCAGUAAUCAUGCGAUGUUGCUCGUACAAUUAGGGAUUAAUAGUACUCGUGAUGUUUAGAAAUUUUGUCAAUUUGGACUCGCCCCAGCGGCUCGUCCAAUUUUGGCAAAAUUUCCAAACAUCACUCGUACUAUUAAUCCCUAAUUGUACUCACCAUCGCAUGAUUACCUAUAUUAAUUAAAACUCCACUGUGAUCCCACUGAUUUGAAAACUCCACACGUAAAAACGCACAAGUUGUAACAAACCUGAAGCAGACUUGUAGCAAUGCUGUUCCAACUGCUUGUCAACAGGUUGUGUUCGCACUGCUUGUUUCCAACUUGUUGACAAGUUGUCAACUUGUUACAAGGUUGUUGAACUCAACAGACUUGUUACAAGUUCUCCCAACAACUUGUUAUCGUCGUGCAGUUCACUACAAUUUAUCAACAAGUUGUGAGUGACAAGCUUCUAGCAGCUUGAUAAAAUAACAGCAUUUUGCAACUUGUCGACAAGCUUGCUACAAGCCUGUUGCGAACACAUCUUGUUACCCUGGUUUCAGGGUUUAUUUUUAUUAUUUCGUUGCGAGUGGGAGAGAAAAAAUAAACCUCUGGUUGAAAGCGGCAAUUGAUUCAUCGAGCCGCGCCAAUCAGUUUGAAUUAGGCUCAGAUCCUGACUCUGUCUCCUGAUUGGGUGAUUGUAUUAAAGCUCUCUGAUUGAUUCAAAUAAAACAUCUAUAACCAAUCAGAGAGCUUUAAUACAAUCAUCCAAUCAGGAGACAGAGUCAGGAUCUGAGCCUAAUUCAAACUGAUUGGCGCGGCUCGAUGAAUCAAUUGCCGCUUUCAACCAGAGGUUUAUUUUAAACCUCUGGAACCUGGCAACAUCUUGUUGACAAGUUGUGGGAUUUUUACGUGUGUAAAAGAAGAGGUUCUUACAGUUUCUUGUUAUCAGUGGGAAAGGGUAAACAUUGUCUGUUCAGUAUUAAUUUUGAGAUCAGUGGUUAGACCUAGUGAACUCGAUGUACAGGGUGUAUAAUGAAUGGACCUAUUCCCUAAUGAACAGAAUUUUGAUCUAGACAAAAAUUUCAUCACAUCUUGAAAGAGCAUCACAAAAUUAGUAAUAUUCCGAAGUUUCGUUGCGAAAUAUUGUAAAAUGCGGAUAAUAUAGCCCUGCGAAGUUUGCCGUUUUUCAGUCAUUUUGUAUUACGCACGCGGGAAAUUGAUACCGCUUUCUGAAAAAAGGUAUCAAUUUCCUGUGCGUAAUACAAAAUGACUGAAAAACGGCAAACUUCGCAGGGCUAUAUUAUCCGCAUUUUACAACAUUUCGCAACGAAACUUCGGAAUAUUACUAAUAUUGUGAUGCUCUUUCAAGCUGUGAUGAAAUCUUUGUCCAGACUUGUCUAGAUCAAAAUUUUGUUCAUCAGGGAAUAGGUUCACAGGUAAUCUAACUUUAACGUGCUCUUGUGUGCUCAAUAUUGAGUACGCAAAUGUUUGUAUCAUAUAUGAAUUUUGAACGUCUUAUAUUUUGUAAAUUACAGUAGUGGCAUUACGCUAGCCAGUAGUCUUGAAUUGUCUUGUCUCCAAGGAAUUUCCUUGGAUUCUUGAGGUCCGAAAAAUCAAGUAUUUCUUCAGUCCUAUACUUCCACUCGAGUGUGGAAUACGAAGUUUAGGGACCGGUCAUUAUUUCUGGUUGCACCGAAGAGAACUAAUGUUUUUCUCGAUAAAAAAUUUGCUCAUCCAACCAUUAUUCAUUAAAAAGUCCAAACAAAAUUUACCCAACCGUAAAUAUCAAUUAAAAAAUAAAUACCCACCCCUUGCCAAAAACUUUACAAAAGCAUACCAUUCAGUUGCCACACAUGGCCUGGCAUGAGUUUGAUAACUGCUUGUGCAAUUUUCUGCAGUCUAAAGUUUCAUGUUGUCUGCACAUGUACUUUCUUUGAAGAUACCAUUUGCCUCCUGACAAAUCGGAAAGAUAGUGACUCUGAUUGAUUUACACAUAUUAGUAUUGACAUGACUGCUUGACCAGGCAUUUCCCGCCAUAAAUAAUGACCGGUACGUUAUUUCGAGGAGUUGAUGGAGUUUAACUUUAAGUUGUUUAAUUAACGGUAAUUUAAACAUUCUUCAUGUAAAACCUUCCUAUGUAAAUUAACAAUUUAGGACAUGUAAAAUUAGUUUUAAAUAAAGAAGUGAAUAGUUCUGUAGUUGUAAUUGCAUGACUGUUGUUGUAUUUUAGAAUUUAAAAACUAGCGAUAUCAAAUGUAUAUUCAUAGAUGUAUAUUGCACCCGCCAUUAAAACUCGGAAA